GCAGACCGAACCUUCCUGGGCCUACAGGAAGCAGCCGAGAGAGACACAUACGCCGCACGCUAUUUCGAAACAUGGAACAAGGAACGCCUUGACAAUCAUCGAAGAGCGUUUCCUCUGAAUGAUAAUCUCCUAGCUCUUCUCUUCCUAGUGCAGUCCGACCUCAAUGAGAUGCAACGUGAGAGGUUGGUAACAGCAUUGACCAACCAAGGUCACCGAAUUGAGACCUAUACGUACCCUGUGGUACGGCAGACCAUGUUCGAUCAGUUUUCAACGACCAGAACUGGUCUGCAGGAUCCCAACAUUCGGCACUCUUCUCACAAGAAGGACCGCCAUGGAAGGAGAGACCAACGCCGCAAACGCGGAGGUCGAAACUUCCUCAUCCUCGAUCAGUGUGAAUACGACGGAGUCGAUGGAUUCUGGCUCCAAGACGAAGACACCCUUGAGGAAGGCUUUCUUGCCGCCGAGGAUGAAGAAGCUGUCUUCUGGACAGAGAUUCAAAAAGGGAAGAAGACCAAGAAUGCGUCCCGGAUCACCGGGAAGAGCAAAGGGUGGCAAGCGAAAAGGACGUGGCCGUUUUAG